AAAACCUCUUCCCCUAAAACCGGCUGCUCCACCCUCUGUAUAUAUUCCGCUCCCUUCCUCUCUCUGUCACUCUCUCUGUGUCUCUGGGCGCAUUGUUUCUUCGUCUUGGAUUGGCUCGGAUGAAAAGUUGGAUCUUUAUAAAGCUGUGAAAGAGAAACCAUUCAAUCUUAAGUUGCUUACCCAAAUAAAAAGAUCGGUUCUGCAAUUAUGGGUGAUUGCCAAACAGCUCUCUUCAUGAGUUGCCAAUGCACUUGAGUCAUCCUGAGUGAUAAGUGAUAACAUCGAAUUCUCAAUCCCCAUUUCUGAUUUCGUUACUGUUUUUUUUUUUUUUUAUUAUAUAUAUAUAUAUAUUCUUUGUUUUGCAAUUCUGCAAAGAAGAACAGAUACUGGGUUUGUUUCCUUAUCUCGUAUCAGUCUGGUUUCAGCUCUUUAAUUUUCUGCAAUUGAGAAAAGACCAAGAAGCAGUGGAUAUUUCUGCUUUUUGGUCUUUGAAUUUUAUAUAUAUCCUUGUAGAAGAAGAAGAUAGUUUUAUGGAAUGGAUGUUAACAGUAUGGCGGGAAGAAUGAUGUCCGGCAUGGCUCCUGGAAUGCUUGGGUUGGAGAUGCCUCUGCACCAGCCACAGCAGCAGCAGCACCAUCCUCACCAGCAACUCCAACAGCAGCAGCAGCACCACCACCACCACCAAAUGAUGGCCUUUGCGGGUCACGACAACGACCAUCACUCGCAAGUUCAAUCUGUGAAGCAGCAUGGCUACGCUUACGCCACCAAGGGGAAGCCGCAGCAACCGGCAUUGAGCGACGAGGAGGAGCAGGGGUUGGUGGGGGAUGACGGUGGAGCAGACGCGAGGAAGAGAAUGUCACCGUGGCAGAGAAUGAAGUGGACGGAUAACAUGGUCAGGCUUCUCAUCAUGGUGGUCUUCUACAUCGGCGAUGACGGUGGCUCCGAAGGCAACGACCCCUCCGGCGCCGGCAAGAAGAAACCUGGUGGGCUCCUGCAGAAGAAAGGCAAGUGGAAAUCGGUGUCCCGGGCGAUGAUGGAGAAGGGUUUCUAUGUGUCUCCGCAGCAGUGCGAAGACAAGUUCAAUGACCUCAACAAGAGGUACAAGAGAGUUAACGAUAUACUGGGAAAGGGGACGGCCUGUAAGGUGGUGGAGAACCAGAGUUUGCUUGAGACGAUGGACCAGCUCUCGCCCAAGAUGAAGGAGGAGGUCCGGAAGCUACUCAAUUCUAAGCAUCUUUUCUUCAGGGAGAUGUGUGCUUACCACAAUAGCUGUGGCGGUGGUGUAGGCGGUGCCCACCAUGCGUCGGAAGCGGCGUUGGAGUCGGAAAACCAUCAACAGCAGCAGCAUUGCUUCCAUUCACCCGAGGGCACCGCUGCUGCUGCUGGAAACCCAAGAAGCUUAAGCAGGUCGGAGUGCGAGGGAUUAAAGUUAAGAAGCCGGGAAGAGGAAGAGGAUGAUGAUGGAGAAGAUGACGACGACGAUGACGACGAUGGUGACGAGGACGAGGAUGACGAGGAUGAGUCGAUGGAGAUUGGUGGAAGGAGUCGGAACAAUGAGCAUGGAGGUGGAGGUGGGCAUGAAGAAGAGGACGAUAACGAGUUGAAGUUAGCUUCGAGGAAGAAGCUGAGAAAGGGAAUGCCGGCGGCAUCGCUGUCGCCGUCGCCGUCGAUACAACAUCUGAACAGUGAGAUGAUGGGUGUGCUUCAAGAUGGGACGAAGAGCUCGUGGGAUCAGAGACAGUGGAUGAGGAACAAGUCAUUACAGUUGGAAGAACAGAGGGUGAGCUAUCAGUGCCAAGCGUUUGGACUGGAGAAGCAGCGACUGAAAUGGAUCAAGUUCAGUGGGAAGAAGGAGAGGGAGAUGGAGAGAAUGAAGCUUAAGAAUGAGAGGAUGAGGCUUGAGAAUGAGAGAAUGCUCCUUUUGCUUCGCGAGAAGGAGCUCGAAUUGCUCAAUCUUCGUCAGAAACAGCAACAGCAGCAACAACACUCUUCGAACAAGAGGCCAGACCAAUCAGGAUGAAUUGUAUAGACAUAUUAGGCUUAGAUUAUUUGACUACAUAAGCUGUAGCUCUUCAUAUUGGAUUUGUUUAAAUGGGUGGUGAAUUACUGGAUUGCCCCCCCCCCUCUCUUCUCUCCCUCUCUCUCUCUAAAUUUUGUUUGAAUAUUGAAAUAAUGAGUUACAUUUUCUGUGCAAUCACACUAUCACAA